GCUGACGACGCCUGAGUGGAUGCGCGGCCGGGCCGGGGCUCGUGGCUAUAGUGAGAGCCGAGCAGCCGCCGCCCAGCCCAGCGCAGCAGCCCGCGGGCAGAGCCCAGCGCCGGGGCGGGCAGCCCGCCCGUGCCGCACCGCAGUGCCCUGCCCAUGGCCACUCGGGUGCUGACCAUGAGCGCUCGCCUGGCUCCCAUGCCCGAGGAGCCGGUGUUCGCGCAGCUCAAGCCCGUGCUGGGGGCCAGGGAAGCGCCUGUCUUCCCCGGAGAGGACCUGAAGCAGCAGCAACAGCCGCCGCAGCAGCAGCAGCACCCGGGGGGCGGCGGAGGGGGCGGCGGCGCGGCCCUGCCGGGCGAGGAGAUGGUGCAGACAAGAUGUGAAAUGGAGAAAUAUCUGGCACCUCAGCUUCCGCCCGUCCCAGUCAUCUCUGAGCAUAAGAAGUACAGAAGAGAUAGUGCCUCAGUCGUAGACCAGUUCUUCACCGACAGCGAAGGCUUGCCUUACAGCAUCAACAUGAACGUCUUCCUCCCUGACAUCAGCCACCUGAGAACCGGCCUGUACAAAUCCCAGCGGCCCUGCGUCCCCCACAUCAAGACCGAGCCCGUCACCAUCUUCAGUCACCAGAGUGAAACUGCUGCCCCUGCCCCUACUCAGGCCCUCCCCGAGUUCACCAGCAUUUUCAGCUCUCAUCAGACCCCUGAUGUGAACAACAUUUUCAUCAAGCAGGAGCUCCCGACCCCUGAUGUCCACCUCUCUGUCACGCCCCAGCAGGGCCAGCUUUACCAACUCCUGAGCUCGCCGGACCUCGACAUGCCCAGUGCAGCCCCUCAGGCGGCCGUCAUGGACUCCCUUAGCAGUGUCUCCAUGCCGUCGGCCAUGUCAGGCCUCAACACCCUCUCCCCAGCUGUCCCACAGACUGCAAUGAAACAGUUCCAGGGCAUUCCCCCAUGCUCCUAUACAAUGCCAAACCAGUUUCUUCAGCAGCAGGCCACCUACUUCCCCCCCUCUCCCCCCAGCUCAGAGCCUGGAAGUCCGGAUAGACAAGCAGAGAUGCUACAGAAUUUAACCCCUCCUCCAUCAUACGCUGCCACUAUAGCUUCCAAGCUGGCAAUUCACAACCCGAAUUUACCUGCAACUCUGCCAAUAACUCCCCAGAACAUACAGCCAGUCAGAUACAACAGAAGAAGUAACCCAGAUUUGGAGAAAAGACGCAUCCACUACUGUGACUACCCUGGCUGCACAAAAGUGUAUACAAAGUCUUCUCACUUAAAAGCACACCUGAGAACUCACACGGGUGAAAAACCGUACAAGUGCACGUGGGAGGGCUGCGAUUGGCGAUUUGCGCGCUCCGACGAAUUGACGCGCCACUACAGGAAGCACACCGGGGCUAAACCCUUCCAGUGCGCCGUGUGCAACCGCAGCUUCUCUCGCUCCGAUCACCUGGCUCUGCACAUGAAGAGGCAUCAGAACUGAAAGCCAGGCUUGUUGCCGAGGCUGUUCUGUAUCUAUGCAAUUUCCUAAUGACUCUCAACCUACAACCGAAAUUAGUUUAAUUUUUGAGGAUGGAUCAUCCGUUUAAAAGAAAUCUCAAAACUGGAAAAUGUAUAUUUUGUAUAUUUAUGCAGAAAAAGGGAAGACACUGUAUCGCAAUACCAGAGUGUUCAAGUCGUUGGUUUGCUCACGUGGGUGUAUAUGGCUUUAGUCAGCAGGUUUCAUCUCUUUACAAGUAUUAUGUCUUGACACAUGGCAGCGUUACACAUAUAUUUUUUUUUCUCUCUAGGUGUUUUGACCAAAGCACUAUCAUUAUUGUGACAAUGUUUAGUAAACAAAUUAAUGAGAGACUGCAGAUGAAUGGACACAGUGGAAAAGCCAUGCAUUGUAAUCUGUCAGGGUUUUACUGGAUUUGUUUAGUACUUGUGCUUUUUUUUAAAUGUUAAGUCGUUCUGUGGAGAUAAAAUACAUAGAAAAAUUCAUAAACAGCCAUAGAACAAAGUAUUUUGUUCUGUAUGUUGCAUGUUUGCUAUGACAAAGAUUUUGUAAAUAUGCAAAUCAGCUUUUUAGGGUAAAAAGAAAAAUUUUCUAAGAAUUAUCUGGAAAAAAAAACAGUUGUUUUACAUUUGUUAACGGCACAUUUACACAGAAAGUUACUUAAAUACCUCUCAGAACAGUACCAACUUAGCUUCAUUUCUCUUAAGAGAAAUGAGCAAGACAUUCAGAUGUUUUGUACCUGUUAACUCAGAUGGUGUGCACUGAAUAUUCAAAGCAGGAUUUUGUUUUCAAAUUGCUUAAAAGGGUGAAACAUUUAAAGUGAACUGGAAAGUAAAUGUUGGAAGCUUAAAUGGGGAGGGGGGGAUAGUUACAGUAUACAGAAUGUUAAACCUCUUACUAUAAGCUAAACUUAGUAUCACUUUAAAAAGAAGGAUUUAGGAUGCAAUUUUCAUAUACGGACAUGUUAAGCUGGUUCAGCACCAGUAUGAUCUGUUUUCACGUGGAUAUUGCAUGUAAUUUACUAGAAGGUAAAGGAUACAGUAAUGUUAUUUAAAAUUACAGUGCAGUUUAGUUUAUCCACUGUUCAAAUGGAUACACACAGGGAAAAUUAACUGCUGACAAAGGUAGCUGAAACUCCUCUGAAGUCAGUGAAGUGGUGCCCUUUUAUGCUAACAAUGACUUUGAUCCACAGUGUUCAGCCUUGAAACAUUAAGUGAAGGGCCAAAGAUGAGGUUAGACCGUGCAGGAUUUGGCCAGGCAACAGGAGAAAACGUAACAAACCAAGUAAAAGUGUCUGUAGUUCACAAGCUGUAAUAUUAAGCUGUCAACCAAAGGGUAGAAUAAACAAUCAAAAUACCAAAAAAGGGUCUCACAGGAAAACCUAGCAUUGUUAAAACUGUUGUUUGUCUUUAUUUAUUUGUGGUAUAUGAUAGACUUUUUUUUAAGACAAUUUUACAUAUACUUGAUAAAUUAUAGUUUUGUUUGUUAUAGUUAGAAAUGUUGCUCUUAAUGUAAAUAGUUGACAAAUGAUGUAAAUAAUUUUGUAAGGCUUCAAAUGUUUAUACGUGGAAACACAUGCAUAAAUUGGUUGCUGUUUUGCUUCUUUUGCCUCCCCCCUACCUUAUUUUUGUAUUGUUGUAUUUCCUAUGCAAAUGUUGGAGCAAACAGCUGUAUAGUUGUAGAAUGUUUUGAGAGAGAAUGAAAUGGUUUAUAUAUAAAAGACUUUUUUUUUGCAGAAUAAAACAAAGUGCCUAA